AUGCAGCAAAAGAAUAUUCAUAUUCUGGUAAACGAUUUAAUGAAUUAGCUAAUGAUGUAAAUAUCGUUCAAGAAAGUAAUGAGUGUCGAUUUACGUGGUUACAACCAUUUAUUGAUAAUGAAACUGGGGACACUAUGAAUGAAGAGUUUGUUGAUGAAGUUCUUUUUUAUAGAAAAGUUUGGGGUCUCGCUCGUACUGCUAUAAAUAAGUAUAUGUUGCAUCAUGAUCAUGAAUUUAUUAGUUUAAUUGAAUCCUAUCUAGAAAAGAUUCGUGCUAGUGAAGAUGAAUUGGUUGAAGAA